GGUGGCAGAGCCCGGCGGCGCCAAGCAGGUCUCCUGCUGGAGGGGGCUUCUGGCCCCAGCGCUGCUCUGCCGGCUGCACCGCCUGCUCCGCCACCAGUCCCCGCCCGGUGGCAGGCAGCGCCCCGGCACCGUCCCCGGGUAUCGGCGCCUUCCUAGGCUCGCUGUCCUCGCGGCUGACGCCCGGUCCCCUCUCUCCGCGCAGGUCGGUGCUGACGGCGGCGGUCUCCCGGCGGGGGAUCAGCCGUGCCGUAGGGCCAUGCCCGCUACCCGGCCGUGGCGGCUGCCCUCCCUCCUCCUGCUCCUGCUUCUCGGCUGCCGCGCCGCCGCCGAGGGCGACGGGUCCGUGCGCUCGCCAGGCCCGGGCGGGCAGAGCCCGACGUCCGGGACCCCUGCGGUGAGGGGCGCCGAGUCUAAUGCCUCCCGCCCAGCCGCGCUGCCCAGGGGCGGGGGGGCGGCUGGCGGGAGGCCGCGUUCGGCCUCGCCCCCCAUGUGCACCGGUCAGACGGAGAUUAAGGAGACUUUCAAGUACAUCAACACGGUGGUGUCCUGCCUUGUCUUCGUGCUGGGCAUCAUCGGCAAUUCCACGUUGCUGCGGAUCAUCUACAAGAACAAGUGCAUGAGGAACGGCCCCAACAUCCUCAUCGCCAGCCUGGCUCUGGGCGACCUACUCCACAUCAUCAUUGACAUCCCCAUCAACGUCUACAAGCUACUUGCAGAGGACUGGCCCUUCGGUGUUGAAAUGUGCAAAUUAGUACCCUUCAUUCAAAAGGCAUCAGUGGGCAUCACAGUGCUGAGUUUGUGUGCCCUCAGUAUAGAUAGGUACCGAGCAGUUGCUUCUUGGAGUCGCAUUAAAGGAAUUGGAGUGCCAAAGUGGACUGCUGUUGAAAUUGUACUGAUCUGGGUUUUGUCGGUGAUACUGGCUGUUCCAGAAGCUAUUGCAUUUGACAUGAUUACGAUGGAGUACAGAGGAAAGGAUCUUAGAAUCUGCCUGCUUCACCCCACACAGAAAACAUCCUUUAUGAUGUUUUACAAGCAAGCUAAAGACUGGUGGCUGUUCAGCUUUUACUUCUGUUUGCCACUGGCUAUUACAGCAUUUUUCUAUACUCUUAUGACCUGUGAGAUGUUACGAAAGAAAAGUGGGAUGCAGAUUGCUUUAAACGACCACUUAAAGCAGAGACGUGAGGUGGCCAAAACUGUGUUCUGUCUGGUACUUGUUUUUGCCUUGUGUUGGCUCCCACUUCACUUAAGCAGAAUAUUGAAACUCACUAUUUAUGAUCAGAAAGACCCCAACAGAUGUGAACUUUUAAGCUUUUUUCUUGUGAUGGACUACAUUGGUAUUAACAUGGCUUCACUGAAUUCCUGCAUCAAUCCGAUAGCUCUGUAUUUGGUGAGCAAAAGAUUCCAAAACUGCUUUAAGUCAUGCUUGUGUUGCUGGUGCCAAUCCAAAGAUCUGUUGUCCCUGGAGGAAAGGCAGUCCUGCCUAAAGUUCAAAGCUAAUGAUCACGGAUAUGAUAAUUUCCGCUCCAGUAACAAGUACAGCUCUUCAUAAAACAAGCAUAAAAGAUAUGUUCUCCUACAUUAAUGCUGGUGCCUUUUCAAGUAAAAGUGGCAAUUACUUUUAAUGAGAUGGUAACGUUUAGAAAAAUCUAGUUUUGUGUUUGCACGGAAAAAGAACAUUAAAAGAAAUUGCCCAAAAUUGUGUCACGUUGAAAACGACAGAUAUAUAUAAAAUCGUCAUUUAUGGAACAUGAAGAAAAAUGUAGAAAGAACAAUUCAUUGUUAGCACUUGAAUACUUUUGUAUCAGCACUUCCAAAUGAAACCCGCUUCCUGUACAUUAAACAAUCAUUUGUAUUCACUAUAACAGUUGUAGGAACUGAAGUCACAGUAAUUACUGAGCAGUAUAAUAUAAUGUUAAUUGGAUCAAAGACAUUAUUAUAUAUAACUUAGUGUAUUAUCUUUUAUGAAGCAGAUUAACCACCAUCACUAUUGUGGGAUUUUUUAAAAUAAAACAUGAAAUACAUCGUAAUAGAAGUUGAAUGUAAAAAAAGUAGAAUUUUAUCAGGGAUAUUUUAGACAUAGCUAAUGAAAAUAUUAAAGGAUGCAGUUAAAUCACAAGUGCAUUUUACUCUGAUUAUUGUUUUUACCUAUUAGUGUUAGAAAGAACCUCCCAUGCCCUCUAUAAGUACCAUUCUGUAACCACUGUGCAUGUUCAUUGCAUUUGGCAGCACUCUGGGUAUGGUCCAUAUCACUGUUUCCAUGUUAUUUGUAUUUAAAGACAGUGGAGGAAAGAAAAAUAUACCAAAAGUAAAAAUUAAUACUACUAGAACCAUACAGAUGAUGGCUAGUAUUGGAAAUCAGCUAUUUUGAACUGAAAACAAAUUGAUUGUAUCCUGUGUAAACAAUGGGCAUUCACGAGCAUCAUGGUUCUUUACUUGAGAUACUUUUGCAACAAUUUACAAGUGUUUUUACAAUACAAAUACUGUCUUGGGGCAAAAUCUUCUGAAAAUAGCAGGUGCAAAAGAAUGUGCCCAAGGAAAACAGAGAGAAUUUGAACUUCUAUUUUCAUUUAAAUCUUCAUGAAGAAAAUUAUUCACAAACUGUACCUGUAGAGAACAGUACUAUGUAGUGCAGUUGUCUCUGUAGUUCUGUGUUUAUGGGCUUAAGAAGAUGUGUGAUUAGUUUCUGCUUCUGUAAAUAGUUUAGUGAAGCAUAAAUAAUUGUAAAGUAUUAAAAUAUGGGCAGGACCCUGCAAGAAAACAGAAAGGUAAAGAUGCCUGUAGCAAACAUGAUGUGUGUUGCCGGGAGCAAUGCAUGUUUUGUACAUACAUGACAGAGCAUUCAUUGGCUUUUCAUUUCCUAUUAAUUUGUUACAGAUGUCCCCAAAGACUUAUUAACAUAUUUCAUGCACUGAAGCAUGAGUUUUUCAAGAAAAAAUGUCGUAUAACAUGCUUUUAUAAAAGACAUGUUUUCAAUAGUCAUGGUAUUUUAUUGCAAUAAAAAUAUUUAUCAAGA